GACCCUGAGCCAUCGUGGGGGCCCCGGGUCCCCCCCAGCUGCUGGGGACACAGACCUGGUCCAGCCGUCGAGCAGCUCCAGAGGGUGGCCAGAUGCUGACACCCCCCGAGCGACUCUGGCCGCAGCCACGGCAGGCAGGGCCCCCCACGUGUUCGUCGUGGAGGAUCAGCCACCCCUCCUGAGAGCAUCCCUCCUCCGCAUCCCCUGCGAGCUGGUGCUGGACAUGGGGUUUGUUCCCGCCCUGCAGGACCCCGGGUCCCGCGAGCGCCAGGGCCUGCUGCACAGCUUCAACCGGACGGUCGCGCCCCUCUUCAUGUCGGUGCCCGGGUUCCUGCGGCUGGAGGUGACGGGGAUCAGGGAGGGCAGCGUGGUGCUGGAGUACGACGCGCUGUUCGCGGCGGAGCGGGUGCAGGCGCCGGGGCUGGGCGAGCUCCUCGACGCCGCCCUGGGCUCCGGCGGCAACCGGCCGGGGCUGGCGGUGGGCACUGCUCCCGUCCUGCGCAACGUGGCUCUGGAGCGGCCGCUGGACCCCUGCGCUGUGCUCUUCGCCUGCCGGGCCGGCUUCGCCUGUGUGGCCGGGGCGGACGGGAACGCCACCUGCACCUCCCUCUGCCACCGCGACUACUGCAAGAACCACGGCAUCUGCACCCACCCUCGGGACCGCGAGCCCCUCUGCCAGUGCCCCGUCGGCAGCGAUUUCUGGUUCAUGGGGCUGCGCUGCGACUACCGGGUGACGCAGCAGAGCCUGCUGGGGAUGGCCGCGGGGGUCCUGCUCAGCAUCGUCCUCCUGGGCGCCGUCGUCGCCGCCGUCGCCAUCCGCCGGUUCAAGGCGCUGCUGAUGGAGGCCAGGGCCGACCAGACCCGCAGCAGCUACCGGCGGUUCUGCCGGCUGGACGACGUCUCGGCCCAGUACUGGUCCCGCUCCUGGCUGCCCUCGGCCAGCUCGCUGGACAACCCGGCCUUCAGCAACUCGGAGGAGCUGCUCCACUUGCAGAUCUUGGACAACGGCUGCUGCAGCUGCCGGGAGGACUCGGGCAUCACCGGCAGCGCCAAGCAGCGCCCGGUGCCGCCCGCCCGCCCGCCGUGCCGGCCCAGCUUCCAUUACGACUGGGACACAAGUUCUAGCAGCAUGAACGACCCCAUGGUGGACUCGGGAAAAGCCAGCGAUAUCUCAGUGUCAAGCUGGCCCAUGGAGCCCAUCCCGUGGACGCCCUUUCCCCUCCUCCAUCAGCUUUCCAGGCAGCGACCGCACAAAGCCCGACGGCCUCAUUCGUACUGCGAGGGGAUGGAGCUGGUCAACCUUGAGAGGAGCUGGACAGCCUGAAGACCACAGACCAAAAUACAGGCAACAAGGUUCAGCUUUUAAAACCAACCACAUUUUAUUUCCACGUAACAAGCUCAGUGAAGGAAUUUCAAACACUUUGACAAUACAAUCAACGCAGGUGUGAUGUCAGUUCCACUCGAGGCAGAGUCCUGAAAGGUUAUCUGCCAACGUUUUCACCACUGUUUCGGACCAGACUUCAGAAGCCAGCUUUGGCUUGGGACAGCGUAUUUCAUAGUAAGUAGUUACAGAUAAGUGUCUAGUAACACACAAUGCUGGCAUCCAACAGAGUUAAUGACUUACAUCCGGCAAUUUGAAAAUAAAGUCUAACAGAUUUUUGAAGUCACAUCAUACUAUGUACAUAUAUGGUCUGCCCUAUAGCCAUUUCAGAACAAGCUAAGCCACUGUGAAAAGUGAAAUACAAAUUAAGCGCUGCUGCAUUGUUCAUCAUGAUUAAUGUAAAUGAGGUAUAAAUUUAAACACCAGUACGUUUUAAGCAUUAAAGUUUAUUUUCCAAAAUGC